CGUCACGGGGACGCGCAUUCGCACACCGCCGCGCGGCCAGGCCCCGGCCAGCCUCUCUCUCUCUCUUUCCUCUCUUUCUCUAAAGUUUAUAACUCUCCGGUAACUCUCCGGUUUACCGUCACUAUACCCCCCCUCCCCCCAAUCACCCCCUAAUAGAAGAACCGGAGCCAACCAGGGACCGGCUCUGGGUCAGAAUCACAGCCGGACAUAGAGCCUGGUAUUCGGCCGGGACUCUCCGCCCCGCCGCGGCCUCUCUCUCUCUCCGGAGUGACGUCAUCCCGGGGAAAUUUACAAAGAGGACUAAAUUAGUGAAGUGGGCGGGGCCUAAAUAUGGCGGGAGCCUCAGUGAAAGUGGCGGUUCGAGUCCGGCCGUUCAACUCCAGAGAAACGGGACGAAACGCCAAGUGUGUGAUCCAGAUGCAGGGAAACACCACCUGCAUCACGAACCCCAAGCAGCCCAAAGACGCAGCCAAGAACUUCAGCUUCGAUUAUUCCUACUGGUCCCACACCACGGCGGAGGAGCCGGGGUUUGCGUGUCAGCGUCAGGUUUACAAAGACAUCGGAGAGGAGAUGCUGCUGCACGCCUUCGAGGGGUACAACGUGUGUAUCUUUGCGUACGGACAGACCGGAGGAGGCAAGAGUUACACCAUGAUGGGGAGGCAGGAGCCGGGCCAGGAGGGCAUCAUUCCUCAGCUGUGUGAGGACCUGUUCCAGAGGACAGGAGGGAACGCUGAUCCUGACCUCAACUACUCUGUGGAGGUGUCCUACAUGGAGAUUUACUGCGAGCGCGUUCGAGACCUCUUGAAUCCGAAGUCUUCUCUGACUCUUCGGGUCCGAGAGCAUCCGAUCCUCGGCCCGUACGUCGAGGAUCUCUCAAAGCUCGCCGUCACCGGGUUCCCCGACAUCCGAGACCUGAUGGACGCCGGCAACAAGGCGCGGACGGUGGCGGCGACCAACAUGAACGAGACGUCGUCUCGAUCUCACGCCGUCUUCACCAUCGUCUUCACUCAGAGACGAAGAGACCAGAUGACCGGCCUCGACACCGAAAAGGUGAGUAAGAUCAGCCUGGUGGAUCUGGCAGGAAGUGAACGCGCCGACUCUUCGGGGGCGAAGGGCACCCGGCUAAAGGAAGGAGCCAACAUCAAUAAGUCGCUCACCACGCUGGGGAAGGUCAUCUCUGCUCUCGCUGAGAUGCAGAGCAACAAGAAGAGGAGGAGCGACUUCAUCCCGUACAGAGACUCCGUGCUCACCUGGCUGCUGAAGGAGAACCUGGGAGGGAACUCCCGCACGGCGAUGAUCGCGGCUCUGAGUCCGGCCGACAUCAACUACGAGGAAACACUCAGCACCCUGAGGUACGCAGACCGAGCCAAACAGAUCCGCUGCAACGCCAUCAUCAACGAGGAUCCGAACGCCAGACUGAUCCGAGAGCUGAAGGACGAGGUGGAGCGCCUCCGGAGCCUGCUGUUCAGUCAGGGGCUGCAAGAACUGCUGCAGAACACAAUGAACAACAGCAGCCCCCCCGCCCCCCCCUCCUCCCUGCAGCAGCUGGCUCUGACAGCCAAUGGGAUCGCAGAGAAGGAUAGCUCCGCCCCCUCCGGAGCGGAGGCGGAGUCUGCGUCAGACGACUCCCCCAACGAGCUGAUGGAUGAUGACGAAGAGGAGCCAAUCAGCAAAGAGGAGGCAGCGGAGAGACUGCUG